AUGGUAGAGGCGGCCGGAGCUACGCUGGGCAGGGCCAGCGAUAACACCCUCAGCCUCGCAGACAAGGAAAUGUCCCGGCGGCAUUCCAAGAUCGAGUACGACGAAGCCUUGAGCGAGUUCUUCCUGUGUGACCUGGGGAGCUUGAACGGGACCUACAUGCAAAUGGUCGGGCCGUACGUGUCACACAGACGGCUGGCCCUUGGAGACCACCUCCUGGUGGGCCGGACGGGCUUCAGCGUCAACCGCUUCGACUACGGGAUCAGCGAGCGGAUGGGAGCAAGACCGACGAUGGAGGACCGGUCUAUCGUCAUCCAGGACCUCGCCUUGCCCGGCCUCGAGGGCACCUACCUCUGGCCGCAAACCUUCACCGCUGUCUACGACGGCCACGGUGGCGGGCAGGCAUCGGAGUACCUGUGGGGCAACCUGCACACGAAAGAGGCUAUCUCGGAGGCGUUUGCGGCAGCGGACAAGGAGUUCAUCGCGACCUCUCGGCUACCAGAGGCGGGUAGCACGGCCACAACGUGCCUCGUACUCGGCCCCCGCCUCUACAUGGCGAACGUGGGCGACAGUCGCACGGUGCUGUGUCGAGGCGGUAAGGUGCGGAUGGCUUCGAACGACCACAAGCCCUCCCGCGCGGACGAACAGGAGAGGGUGCAGCGGGCGGGCGGCUUCGUGGCGCACCGGCGGGUGAUGGGAGAGCUGGCUGUGUCAAGGGCGUUCGGAGACUCGGAGUUCAAGGGGAGGCCUGGGAAGGGCGGCGGCAGCGGGGGGCGGGCUUCAGCCAACAGGGAGGGGGCGCUGGAUGCCGACGCGAUGGAAGAGAGAGAGACCGCGUACGCUCAACUCAUCACGGCAGAGCCCGAGUUCCUGGUGUCGGAGAUAACUCCGCAGGACGAGUUCUUGGUGCUGGCAUGCGACGGUGUGUUUGACGUUCUCACGAGCGAGGAGGUCGUUGCCAACGUCUACGAGAAGAUGAAGAUACACGCGGACGCCCAAAGGUAA